GGGUAGAGGAGGGAGUAGGGCUGAGGAGGAGGGGGAUAGCUCCUGGGGUCGAGGAGGGAGUAGGGCUGAGGAGGGUGGUGGCAGUGUGUCUCCUCGUACCCUCCUGGCCAUUCAGCGAGCCAUGGGAGAAGAGUUGGAGGUAGGCCCGUCCCCAUACGCCACCAUGAUUGGCAAUUCUCCUGUUAAGCCCAACCCUCCCAGUCRCCAGCGUCCUGCGAACCGAUUGGUCGUCAUCAGCAGCUCAGAYGAGGAGYCUGAAGGGAAGGACACGCRCCUGAGGACAACUCUGACCAAUGAGGACAGGCUUGGGGUGGAGAAGGGGGAUGAGCAACAGUCUCCCCUCCCCCUUAGCCUCCCCCUUUCUCCCGCGGACAGGGUGCUCCUCAGCAGGGAGGAGUUGGAGCAAGCCAUCGACAACAGGAACAGGGCUUUSCACUCUGCAGUAGGUCAGGGGGACAGUUUGGGUCAGGCUGUCCGUGUUAUUCCCCCAUCAGGCCUAGGUCUAAACAGAGAGGAGGAGACGGGGAGGAGCAGCCUAGUGACUGGGCCUUUACCUCCAUCGCAGGAGGAGAGGAAUGGAGAGAACACCAGGGAGGAGAGGAAUGGACAGAUUGUGAAGAUGGAGGAUGGUGAGGAGGAGAGUGAUUCAGAGAGCUUCAUUGAUGUGUCUGAGGGGGAGGAGCUAAAGGAGGAGGAGACAGAUGAUUCACUGAUAGAGGUUGGGGGCGGUGCUCCAGCCGAGGCACAGGAAGACGUGGCCAAGAAGGAGGAAGAGGAGGAGGCUUUAAGUAGCAGAGAGGGGGAGGAGGAGGAAGAGUCCCAGCCUCCCACAGAGCCCAGCCCAGCUCCUGCUGCCGCAGCGUCUGUUCCUCUACCCAACGAGUGGGAAGACAUCAACGUGGAUGAGCUGGUGGCGCUAGAGAGCAGUCUUGGAGAGCAGCAGUCCAGUCUGAGAGAACAGAAGCAGCAGCAGGAACGCAUUGCUGCCACCGUUACCGGACAGAUGUGUCUGGAGAGUCAG